AGAUCCCCGCGGCGACCAGGAUGUGACAGAUCCCCUCGACAUAGACAUUGUUGUUUUCGUCCUAGCAACUUUCUCUCCUUCUUGAUUUUGUGUAGCAACGCACAACUACCCUGGAUUUUGCUAUCAUUUGAAGUGAUUUGCUUUCAAGCAAAGCGGCUAGGAUAUGACCUUGCGUAAGAGAAAUUGACAGCAGCAAGAAAGAUGAUGUCAAGGUAAGAGCAUUGCAAGAAUAAAGCUAAGUAAGACUGAACCGACUAAGUUCGCCGCUCAAUUUUUCAGAUGUAGCGUGUUGUUGAAAGAAUGCGAUAGACGCUCAUGCGCAGCAUUACAAUACGAAGAGCAAAAAUACGAAGACUUCUUGUACGGCUUUACUAACUAGUACAUCUUCAAACUACGCAAAUAAUGAACUACCUCCGGUCGUUCGCGUUCCGUAGGAAGUAAGCAGGUCGUAACAAGCAGCACCACACACUACAUCCGAUAAAGUAGUUCAUCGCUCUCGCGUAUCACGAAACAGAGCCCGAGGACAAGAACGACAGCCCUUUCAUCGUCUCGGCAGGAUCAUGUGGACGAAGAUGAAGAUUAGAAGCACUUCUACGUUGCUGGUGGUGGGGCUGCAUGCAUCGGGUCGCGCUUUUCUGGCGUCCGCGGACUCCUCGCCCUCGGCCGCAGGACCUUCGACGGAAGAUCCGGGCCAGCAGCAGUUGCAAAAGAUGCUCAACUGGGCCAUAGGCAAGAGCGAUCCGGAGAAGGUAAAGCAGAUGGCCGAGGAGUUUACGCAAAAUGGCCAAACCAUUGAGGAUCUCUACGGAAAGGAAGUGCUAGACCAGAUCUUCGAGGCAGGGUACGUAUUAGUUGCUUUUUCUUGUGCCUAUUUGUAUUUUGUUUCGCUCCCCCUGUAGAAGUGUAACCUCGAGGGCGGGACUACAGGCCGAGAUCUCACCGUGGUGCGCGAAAACAAGGAAAUAGCCAACAGAACAGCUGGUAGCAUGAUAUCGUGCGUGGUAUCGUGUAGAAAUUACUUCAGAGUACGGCCUAUCGAGUAGGAAGGGAUUUUUCAUUUUCUUCAUAUAAUCUGCCCACACCCUCCUGCUCUAUCACUGUGCAAGUAGUCAAACUUCAACUACUUCAGGGGAAAGCCGCACUUUGUGCAGGAGUUGGCGGAGGAGCUGACCGAGCAGAUGAAGGAGCUCCAGCUGUUCUACGAAGGAAAAGCAUGGAUCACAAUCAAGGAUUUCAAACAAGUUGCUGAGCGGUUGUUCGGCACAGGUCUGGUUUCUAUGCAAGACAACUUGGGCUAUCUGCUGGAAUGGGAGCGCUUUGCCGUGCAGGACGAGUUCGAAGCGACCAAACGGGACAGCAUAAAAGCAGCCGCCGCCGAAGAUCAAGCAACUUCGAACAGGACAACACAGGCGGGGAAGAAACAUCAUUAUUUUCAACGAGGACCCGUCUACGCGGCGCGCACGCCGCUGCCGCUGUCCAAGCUGUUGCAGUCCCACGAGUUCAGCCCGGUUGCGUUGGAGCUGCUCAAGAUGCACUAUAAAACGACGGACGCGGCUAUUCUUGGGAUCCAGGAACAGCAAAAAGAGGAUGCCGAGCUGGACGCUAUGGACGCGCCAGAAGACGACGACGAGAAGGAGGGCGGGGCAAAAGCGGAAGCAAAACCGAGACAGCUGUGGACGAAAAAAGAGAUCAAGGUAAAGCUCUCGCCGCCGGUAGGCGUUAACUAUGGCAGUUUGAGCAAGGGGAACCUGAAACGCAUAGCCACCGUGGAAGCCGUCUCACCGUAUUUACUACUUUUUUUUUUUUUCCAUGCUUGCUCGUCCGCACCUUCACUCUCAGACAUUCUAAAGCUUCUCCACUGGUUGUAGUACUUCUUCCCUGACUUCUGGUUCUCAUCUUCUAUUCUCUUCGGAACAUGCAACAUCUUACGAAAUGAGCCCGAUAGCGGAACGAUUCUGAUUCAACUUCGCGUGCUCGGAGGUGUGCCAGGUCUCCGUAUCGUAUAUAUUUAAUUCGUCGUGUUGUACAUAAUCAUGACCGAAAAUAAGCAUCGACACUUUUGUCAUCUAUCAUUAUUCUUUUAAAUAUCAAGAAUCAGUGCUCUGCUACCGCAACAUAAUCAUAACCAGGUAUGAUCAAGGCCGCGAUGGACGAGGGCACACUCCAGGGUUUGAUCCGUCCAGAGACACCCCUGAAUCCCUGACCAAAAUGAGCGCGAGCGAGGUGCUUCCGGUAGGAACACCGAGGCCGGGGGACGACUCUAACAUCACUAACGCUAGUACUAGCGCGGUCACUUCUAGUACCGAGCAACGAGGAGAGCAACUCACUUCGAGUAGCGAGCUGGACCGCUCGAAAAUCCACAAGGAAGCCAGCACGAAAAAUGCCGCAGAAAUUGUCAUUCUCGACGAUGAGCCUCACACGUUGACAGAAUAUUACUCCCUGGGGGUUCCUGCCUCCAAGUCAUCCGCCACGAGCCGCGGCAAUGGUGUCAAAGAAGUAGAGGCGUAUCGGGAUUUCUCCAAAGCAGAAGCGAAAACGCUAUCACAGAAAGAAGCGUAGAAGUAAGGGUAGCGGCGGCCCGAAUAACGCAGCUGUGGGAGAAGUGUAUGAUUAGCACAUACAGCAUGUAAAAACGCGCUGGUGAAUGAAGAAACACGUGAGCAAAAAUUUGCAUAGCAUAUAGGAGCAUAAUUGAUACAUAGGGAUGAACAACAAACGAACACGUUCUUGGAGUUGAUGCUAGGAUGAACUCGAACACUGCAAUGUGCAAAGACCGUUAUCCUUACUUGCAACGACUUUUCUGGCUGAUAAAAGUACGAUUAUGUGCACGAGCUCGUCGAAGGAGGUUUGAUGGAAAAGUUGCAGAACAUUUUGAAGAUCCUGGAUGUGACCGAGUAUGAGCUGUCCGACCUGAACACCGCGGAGAUUGCCCACCAGGCGGGAAUCGUGCAACCUCUGGUGACCCUGGUGGAGGACGGAGCCGCCUGUAUGGACGAGACGGAGCCGUUUUCGCUAACGCGCACGGUUGUGGACGAUCGCGACGCCAUUUCCGACGCCAACGCUGCGUCGCAGGAGAUAAGGGGGAGACUCGCUUGGAGUCUGCUGUGUGGCGUGCGGCUGGCGCUCUCCGAGCAGGCAAGCAAGGCGCUGCAGAGCAUGCUGCAAAACAAUUUUCCCGGGCAAAAGGAGUUUUUGGAAAAAUAUUACAAAACCUCCAAGCUUUUCGAAUGGAAGUGGUUUGAACGCAUGUUCUUUCGGGAUUGGAACCCGUGGCAGGUCCUUCUGGAAGCCACGGACGCGGAAAUCACGCCGCCUGUGAGUAGACCCCAUCCUCCCCCGGACACUUUUCACACAACGGGCGUGACCCAAGUGCCGCCAAUGCUGUCCCAAUUACAGCCAGCGCUGCCUCUGACAGGCAGCAUGUGGGAGCAGGAGGUCCCUUCGGUCCCUGGUCCAGACCAGGACGACAAGAAAACCAGCGAGGACACCAGCACCGCCGCUGGUGCCACGAACGUUUCCCCUACUUCUAGUAGAAGGAUCGAGCCGGUUGUUCGAAGGAAUUUUCACCAGCUUCUGCUACGGCGACAGGCCAUAUCGCUUUUCGUCGCCAUGCUGCGCAACGGCACUCCAGAGUUGCUGCACUCGGUCCGCGCCCAAGCCCUCUUGCUGCAUCUGUAUGAAGCCUUGCGCGUGCUCCAGGACAGCUAUACAUUCGGAAAGAUGCACACAGAGCUGAAUAACACGAUGAUUGGCAGAGACGGGGACCCGUCUGCAGAUCCACGCAACACUACGGUCCUUUCGUUCUACUCUAUCCCAAGCAAAAACGUCCCCUCCACCCCAUAGUUGUCACGCCUAUUCGCAUCUAGAUCUACAGAUGAAAUAUAUGUAAUGCGCAUCCGCAUGACAGGAAUUUGUACUUGUAGUCGUAUUUUGAGGUUUGUAGUGCUGAUGUAAUCAGUAUCAGCAUGAGCACGAGCAGGCGUCUUUGUAAUGCGGCUCUCCUUGCUAAUCCUAAUCAGCACUACACUACAGAUGGAAAUUUCUUAUGCACAAUUCCCAAAGCUUCAGCUUGGAGAUUUGUGUUGCAGACUUGGCAACUUGACUAUGGGGUGGGGAAGUUUUUGCUCAGGAUAUACUCCGAGGAGAUGCUAAGAAAGAAUGUGGGAAAGGGAAGUGACCAUUUCUGGGCCGUAAUUUUCCACACGGAGCCCGCACGAGAGAUGGUGAUUGAUUCAACUUCUCGCAUCACGCUGCCGAACCCCAUUGCCGAGGCGGAGGCCAUCAAGGAAGGGGAAGACCUGACACUUUGGAAAUACUUGGAUGAGAACAUGCUGCAUGACACGAAUCCCACCAAGUUUCUGCGCGACUUCCACAUACUUGGCGUCAGACAAGGUGCGCGAUCACCCGCUCGCCGGGACCAGACGGCCCGGGAACAGAGGUUGCGUGUUCCGGCACUCUUCAAAAAGAUUCCGCUGCGGGAGGUUGCUCGGUUUCGCGCCGCGAUUUUGUCCUGGCUGGCGAGCGUGAACGAGCUGGAGUGGUUCAAUUUGGCGUCGAAAGAACAGUACGCAGCGAAAGCCCAGGAGCAGUGGAAUAACUGGGCGAUGACGCAGGCCGAUGUCGACGAGGUGGCCGGCGAAGAGCAACACCUGCCCUUCGUGCCGGAAAACGAUCCGGGUCGCGUGAAAACCGGCCUGGACCACGCCACGGGACUCCCCAGACCCUGGUAUGUCGACGAAAUUCGCCACGACUACGUCACUCCGAUCAUCAAUGACAAAUCGAUCCCGUCUCACGAGCGCGCGGCGGCACGCAGGCUUUACGUUGCGCUACGGAGGUUUCGGCCGGACGUUUUCUCCGACGGGAGUAUAACGUGGGCCGAGGACGACGACGACAUCACCCCGUUUAAUACGAUGCCGGAAUCGAUAAUUAAUGACAAGGAGACUGAGCCAGCUGUGGUGGAGGGCGAUGAUCAUGAUGCGGCUACGGAGGAACAUGGAAGAGAGGCAGGGAAGAUUCCAGAAGAUGUUGAUGAACGAUCGGAAUCAACUGUAGAAGCAGGAGGCAGCAUGUCGCUUCCUCCCUCGCUGCGCAACCUGGUGUCCCUAUUGUGAAAGAGGACCUGUAAGAAGCACGAGAGUGGACGAAUUGUACUCUAGUGGGACGUUGUCAUGAGAAAAAAAUCUAGCGACAUUUACAUACUGUUCUGUUAGUUCGUCAUAUCUGCCGAGUACCUCUUAUACUCCUGUGGAUGAAGCACUACAUCCAUUGGAAGCCUCACCUGUAUUUUUUCUGUUGUACUUGUACCCACGCAAGAACGAUUUUUCAAUUCCUUGACCUCAUUCACACCAGACUGACACGCCUCUUUGUAGAACGUGAUGCAAAGACCUGGCGAAAAACCAAAAGAGAGUGCCGCCCUCUGUUGUGAUGAGGUGCCGAUCUAUUUUUCAGUAAACGAAGUCUAACGACGAAGCAUGCGCAUCUGCAUCCGCAUUUAUCGGGAAGCCAGCUGGCGACUCGAAUUCGAUUUCGAUUCUAAAUCAGAUUCGAUGCCUAGCGUCUUCUGCCUGAUGUUGUUCUGUUUCUGCUACUAUAGUCUUAUUGGAAGGUAGGAGGUCGAAACGCGUUCAGCGAUAAUUAUGUAGUUGGCCGCUUUCCUUUUCGUUUUUUAGCAUAGAUAGAAAUUUAUUCGUGCCAAGGAAGAAAAGUAGGAGAAAGACAUAGCGAUAGCAUCUUCAGCAACUACUGAAGAACAGGUACAGCAGCAGCCGUAAAGGUAAAUAAAGUUCUGCGUUGUGAGCGAAGGUUGUUAAGGCAUGACGGGCAGAUCAUAUGUAUAUCAAAUGCCUCAACAACCUGUCAUCUUCGAGCGCAGCUACAAGGACGCAGUUAUUUCUGAUCGUGAUGCAAGUUGAUCCGCGCCAUAAUCAUAUGCAUUUGUGCGUGUGCCACCUGCUGGCUUGCAAGCGUCCAUACAUACACAUACACUGCACAAGCGUCUCCAGAAGAACGAGUGGCUCGAUAUGGAUCGCUUCGUUCCUCACCGUCUGCGCAUCAAUCUGCCCGCGACCACUACUAGGACCGUCAAGCAAUGUGUUGCAAAUGAAAUUCAACUACUAGGAAGCGCAUCAGCCUGCAGCUUGAUUCAUUUUGAUUGACGAUUUUGACUUUUUCUCGAUUUUGCGAAUAAUGAAAAAGAACAAGAAGAGAAUGUGUGACGUCGUUGCAUCGGGUUCAGGUCAGCACCUGCUCGGGUCAUGCAGUGCUCGUGCUACCUUCAACGAGCAUCGAGCGGGCCUUGCCCUCGUAGUCGGUCGGGUAGUUACGGUUGCACCAGCAGCUUUCACUUUGUGACAGUCUCCCAUCCAGCGUGCGGCGGAGCACACGG